UGUUAUGAAUAUACUACAUCAAGGCGUCUUGCGAAUAAGAAGGCGGGGAAGUUGGAAAAGAACAUAACCCGGCGUGGAUCUGUCCCGGAAACAUCCACCAAGAACAGAACCAGUAAACCUGUUGGCACUGCCAUGCUUUGCUUCUUUGUCUUUGUUGUCAUCGGAUCAUCUUUGUUUCAGAUCAUCAAUACAGCUACAAGUGGGAAAGACUUGAAGAUCAAUAACAAUUUCACUAAUUCUAGCACCAUUUGAUUUGAAAUUUUCAUACAUAUAUAGAGAUAUAUAACCAUCAAUAACAAUAUCACUAAUACAAGUCUUCAUUUAUA